UCUCAGUCGCGAGCUGAUGACGCAGUUUAGCUAGAAGUUUCUGCUGAGGCAACACAUGAGUUUGUCUGUCAGAGUCGUUCAGCUGCUAGUGAAACAUUACCAGUCUAUUUUAAUAUCAUAACAAUAGCUCUCAUGAUGUCUUGGGUUAACGCAGCUACAAAGAGUGAAGAUGUGUUCGACGAGGAUGGAGACGAAUUCAGUUUGAUGGAAAAGGAUUGGGCAUCUAACAAGAAGAAGAGAACCAGGGAUGGGUUUGUGGAUGGAGCUGAUCACGGAGAGGAUGCGGCGCUGCUGCCCGGAUUCAACAUCGGCUUCCAUGAGGGAGCAGCUCAGACUGUAGCUACAGGAAGGCUCAAAGGAGUUGUGAGUGCUAUAUCGUGCUGGUGCCAGAUCCAGCAUCCGGAAAGCCCCGUCCCGGCCUCGGUGACCGACCUCCUGCAGCGGGUUUCGAAGCAUGAAGACGCAAUCAGGGAGGGCAUCAGGAGGGCUAUGGAGGAUCCUCCUCCCAGCGUGAGCUCCGUCUCUGAGAGCAUGGAGGAUCUUGAGGUGAAGCCGGUAGAUCCAGGCUGCUGUGGAGGAGAGGGAUGUAAAGAAACAGACUGCUGCAAGAAAGGAGAACCAGGCUGCUGUGGAGGAGAGGGAAGUAAAGAAACAGACUGCUGCAAGAAAGGAGAACCAGGCUGCUGUGGAGGAGAGGGAAGUAAAGAAACAGACUGCUGCAAGAAAGGAGAAAACAUGGACCUGCCUGUGUCUCACCAGAAGCAAAAGCUCGGUUCUGGCUCCACUGACUGCUCCUCCUCCAGCUCAAGUGAGAGUCUAAGCCACCUCCUGCAGCUCUGCAUGGAUCUAGUUUCAGAGCUCGGACUACCACAGGAGCUGAUCGGUCACAUACAGGAGAUGGAGAACAUGUAGUGGUUGUAGAUCAGAAUCACAGCAGACAAUAUUCUGGUUUUACAGCAAUGAAGUGCUUUUGAUGUAUAUAAUGUAAAAUAAGAUUUUGAGUUUCUAGUUUGUAUAAGAUGGUUGAAGAAUGCUUGAAAAUAAAAAUGGUUUUGCUAUAUUUCACUGCA